AUGCUGGGCUGGGCGCUAGCAAAUGAUGAUAACCUAGGUGACGCGGAGAGUUUGAUCGCCAACACUACAGCGAAGUGUGAAGAAUUCUUUGGAGAAAACGAUCUGGACACGCUUACCUGUUAUAAUGCCCAAGGCGUUCUAUAUCGUAUGGAAGGGGUUGUGUCCAAAGCAGAGGAGUUGAUCAGGAAGGCUGCUGAAGGCAGGACAAAUCGGCUGGGUCGCCCUCACCCAAGCACGCUCAAUGCUCUCACUAAUCUCUCCAUGGUAUUAGCUUCACAAGCCAACAAAUUCGAUGAAGGGGAAACUUUGGCAAGAGAAGUUCUAAGCUUACGGCAGAAGAAGCUCGGAGAGUACCACACUUCAACUCUCGUGAGUGUGGUCAAUUUGAUGCGCAUCCUCCUUGAGGGCCGCGAUACGUAUGGACGCGCAUAUGGGUCUGAGAUAAAGGAACUUCAGGCCAAACUUGGGGAGGCCCUGGAUAAAGGAGUGUGGGGGGCGGAUAUAUUGGACAGCGAGCUAGGAACUACUAGGCUUGAUGGAGACCUUGGGGUGCUUCCUGUCUUCCGGACUUCUCGGUUCGGACCUAAAGAGUGGAUACGGAGUCAUAUUCCUGACUGGAGCAAACGGCAUAAGCAGCCUGCCCAUUCACGUCUUCCAACAACAUUUGAAAGGGUAGAUCUUCGGACUUAUCUGAGUGCGCUGCAGCAGACACAAUAG